AUGUGGUACCUCAAACUCUUGGCAGUGCUCAUGAUCUGCCUGCUGCUGCUGGGCCAGGCAGAUGGCUCCCCAAUAUCAGAAGUGAGUACAGCGAAAAGAAGGUUGCGGAGAAUGACUCCAUUUUGGAGAGGGGUUUCCCUCAGGCCUAUUGGAGUCUCUUGCCGGGAUGACUCUGAGUGCAUCACGAGGCUGUGCAGAAAAAGACGCUGUUCCCUAAGUGUGGCACAGGAAUGAUAUACAUACCAGGGGGACGUGGACAGCACUCACCAACAAUGCUCCGUUCUAUGGAAUAUUGAUUAAUUGCAUUUUGGCUGGAGACAUGUGCAGCAGUCAUGUGUUUUUAAUAUUUAAAGACAAAUGCAUGCUUGAAACUGGUCUCUGUUUCUUCUUAGAAUGUUGAUAUGUAGAGAAGCACAACUUGUCCAUUUAGAGUUUAUUUUUCUAUGUGUACUAUUAAAGGUC